AUGCAGCCACAGAUUAGACAAGACAUUGAGCCAUCAGACCCGGAUAGAGAUGUGAAUAUCACAGAUGUAAUCAAUGAAUGGUCGUUGAACCAAGAACAAGCUCGGGCAUUCCAGAUAAUUGCUGAACAUAGCCUUCAGAACAAACCUGCACCGUUAAGGAUGUAUCUCGGUGGGCCAGGCGGUACGGGAAAGUCUCGUGUUAUACAGUCAUUG